GCCUGUUUAUUUGACGUCACUUCCUGCUUGCCAUGGCGGCGUGUACAGUGGCUGUGAACUUCCAGAGAGAGGACAAAGGACCCUGAGGAGCGUCUCGUUGAUGGAAUUUGAAAGAAUGCGGGCGCCAGCACCAUGGAGAAAGAAGGUGGGAAGUCUGUAGUUGUCGCAGUUGUGACUGAGCCUCAGUUUGCCCAGAGAUACAGAGAAUAUCUGGAGAAGGAGAAACUCCUGGAUAGACAGCACCGCGUAGAAAAGAUGCCCGAUGGGACGGUGGCGCUUCCGGUGCGUGGGGAGACCCUCCCGGAGCAGCACCUGCAGGAGCUGAGGAGUCGAGUGGCCCCGGGCAGCACCUGUAUGCUGACGCAGCUCCUGAAUCCCGUUCCUUCUAAAAAGGCCCAGGUUUGUUCACCUGCCCAAAGAUUGUGCCUUCGGGUGAGGCGUUGGGUAGAGGACCGCGGCGGGACGUGGUCAGAUGAAUUGGAAGCCGAUUUGCCCCGGUCUUGGCAACUGCAUGGUAACCUCUUGUUGCUGAGUGAAGACUCUUUUCAGGCCACGCAGUGGAGAAGUUUGGAACCAGAACUCUGGGAAAUUGUUGCAUCAGCCCUUGGAGUUCAACGUUUGGCAAAACGAGGGCGUGUGUUACCCGAUGGCACUCGAACUCCAUCAGUGACUCUGCUACUGGGUGAUCAUGGCUGGGUUGAGCACAUGGAUAAUGGCAUCCAAUAUAAGUUUGAUGUGACACAGUGCAUGUUCUCCUUCGGAAACAUCACUGAGAAACUGCGUGUGGCAUCUCUGUCCUGUGUUGGAGAAGUGCUGGUGGAUCUCUACGCAGGGAUUGGUUAUUUUACAUUGCCCUUCCUAGUUCAUGCUGGUGCUGCCUUUGUCCAUGCCUGUGAAUGGAACCCAUAUGCGGUAGUUGCUCUGAGAAACAACUUGGAGAUCAAUGGAGUGUUAGACAGGUGCCAGAUACACUUUGGGGACAACAGGAAACUGAAGCUUACAGACACUGCAGAUAGGGUGAACCUGGGGCUGAUUCCCAGCUCUGAAGAAGGCUGGCCUAUUGCCUGCCAAGUGCUACGGAAGGAUGUUGGGGGCAUUCUGCAUAUCCACCAAAAUGUGGAAUCUUUCUCGGGAAAGAAUUUCCAGCUUUCUGGGUGUAGUAACAUGGGAAAAGAGCAGUGGCCUUAUCCUCAGAAAAUUAUCACCAACAAACGUGGAAAUGGAACUUCUAGGGAUUUCAGGGGGGGGAUGCUGCCAUCAGCCAGCAAGCCAGAGUGGCACAGGUGGGCAAAGUCUGCAGAAACGCGAAUUGCCGAACUUCUUCAUCAGGUGCAUGGGAAACGGUGGAGGACUCGAAUCCUGCAUGUCCACCCAGUGAAAUCGUAUGCUCCCCAUGUGGACCAUGUAGUUCUGGAUCUGGAAUGCCGCCCCUGUCCUCUCCUUGGCUAGAGGAGGUAGAUCCAGUGACAGCAGAUCCAAGCGAGUGGCCCACAGUGCUUCAGCUAGGGCUGCCUUCUUACCCUUUUGUUUCCGGUGGUCUUUUUAAAUGUUUUGUGGCCUGAAAAGGGACUUUAGACAAAUCCAAAUAAUUUCAUUUCUAUUGAUCACAUUGAGACUGUAUUAAAGUAUCAUGGAAAUCAGCAUGGUGCAUUAAAAUAGAACUCAUCU